ACAAUUAAUAAUGAAUAUUUUUUGGGAAUAGACUGAACUGAAUGUUAUAUUAUCUCUUUGCUUUUUGAGGUAGAAACUCAAAGUACUUGUGUCUAGUUCUGAGUUUCUACUCCUGUUUUGAGGUACGGAUAACUUUUAACUCUUUUUCAAAAUGUACAUUGAAUUAAAGGCACUUUCCGUCAACUUUCUGUAGAGCACUGUAUGUGCGAUGCAGGAGCCCCGGAGACGCUGUUGUUCUACAUUAUCGUGCUGUACCAAUUUGAUCUUGUGUACUCUGUCUUCUCUCGGACUCCAGUAAAUAAUGCCCUGCAGUCACUUCUUUAUUCGUCAUCCAUUAAGUGGGUAUGGAGCAGUGAGUCAUAUCACUCAGUCGAGGAGUGAUGUGAGAAUGCAGGGCAGCUCUGGUGUCUGGAUAGUGUUGUUUUUAAAGGCUCUUUUUGUUUUGUUUUUUCUUUAACUCUGACCCUGGUUUUUCUGGCCUAAUCAGGUGGCCCACAUGGGGAGCAGAUACUCUAUUCCAACACGCACAAGUCCAACUGUAACACAAGUUUUGGGUUGGUUUUUUUUUUUUGGCCUUCCGUGGCUGAUUUGAUUUUCUGCGGUCAGUCCUGCUUAUUCUCCCUCGUUUGCGAGGCUUUUUGCAUGUGAUGCGUCCUCUGGAGGACGAGCUGGAAUGGUUUCCGAAGUCUUUAGCUCAACAUCUUCAAGCUGAUUACAGUGGAAAGUAGUGCUCACAGAUGGCUUGAUCGCUACAGUGACACAGGCGCUGUCGCUUUAAAGCGAGCACCUCCCCCUCCCCUAAUAUCUGAACCCCCUCUGCAAAAACAACGCCAGACGCCAUGGAUGGAUUCUACGACCAGCAAGUCCCAUUUAUGGUUCCUCCCAGUCACAACUCAGGUGUGAAGGAGUCGACGAACCACAGGACUCUUAACGAGCGGAAAAGGAAAUUUGUUGACACUGAACUAGCGCAGGACACAGAGGAACUCUUCCAAGACCUCAGUCAGCUACAGGAGAUCUGGAUUGCAGAAGCCCAGGUGCCUGACGAUGAGCAGUUUGUCCCCGAUUUCCAGUCAGACAACUUAAUGUUCCAUGGCCCUCCGCCUGCCAAGAUCAAGAGAGAGCUGACGAGCUCCAAGGAGCUUUCCCCCUGUCGUCAGGACAGGAGUCCCAUGCCAUACGGAGAAAAGUGCCUUUACAGCUACAGUGCCUGCGACAGGAAGCCCUCUCCAGGGUUCAAGCCAUUGACUCCUCCCUCAACACCGGUCUCCCCUUGCGGCCCCGCUAGCACGCCAGGAACACCUCCACACCCGCAUGUAGCCAACGGUGCCGCUGGGCCAAUUCCGGUGCACAAGCCAGCUCUCCCGGUCCACAGCCACAACCCGCCCUUUGCUGUACCCUGUGCACCCAUUAGCCAGAAUGCUAAUAACUUCACAGCCGAACACAGAUUCCAGAGGCAAAUGUCAGAGCCAUGUUUACCCUACCCUCCGUCAGAAAGUCAAGGGCGGCCCCCAUUUUUGCCCCAGCCUCACAGCAGGAGCAGCGUUAACGACGGCGGCAUGGCCCGUGACGGGAGGCCACCGUACCACCGUCAGAUGUCGGAGCCGCUGGUGGCUCUGCCUCCACAGAGCUUCAAGCAGGAGCUCAUCGAUCCGCGUUACGCCGAGCAGGGCGUCCCCACCAACAUGGGUCCCCCAGGUGCGCCGCCGGGCCCCCAGUGUCAGGCUGCUUUCCAUCCCAUGGCCAUCAAGCAGGAGCCCCGUGACUUCUGCUUUGAUUCUGAAGUCCCCAACUGUCAGUCAUCGUUCGGGAGAGCAGGCAACUACUACCAAAAUAACCACGAAAGCUUUCCCUACGACAGAGAUGCCCAGUUGUACUUUGACGACACCUGUGUGGUUCCUGAAAGAUUAGAAGGAAAGGUCAAACAAGAGCCUCCCGUUUAUCGUGACGGCCCACCGUAUCAGCGCCGCGGCUCCCUGCAGCUGUGGCAGUUCCUGGUUACCUUACUGGACGACCCAGCCAACGGUCACUUCAUUGCCUGGACAGGUCGUGGAAUGGAGUUCAAACUCAUUGAGCCUGAAGAGGUUGCUAGGCGAUGGGGAAUCCAGAAAAACAGACCAGCUAUGAACUAUGACAAGCUAAGUCGCUCGCUGCGUUACUACUAUGAGAAGGGCAUCAUGCAGAAGGUAAAGGUGGCAGGGGAACGCUACGUGUACAAGUUCGUCUGCGAUCCCGAGGCCCUCUUCUCCAUGGCCUUCCCGGACAACCAGAGGCCCAACCUGAAGGCUGACCCCGACAGCCUCCCAGGCCUGGAGGACGACACGGUGCCCCUCACCCACUACGACGAAUCCACUCCAUAUGUGCUGGACGCUGGGGAACAAUGCGUGUCGGGCUUAACGUUUCCUGAAGGCUACGGGUACUGAAGCAGCAACUGCAGGGGAGAACGUGACCGACGUACACGUCACACACGUACCCGUUAUAUGUCUCCCUCUCUCUGCCCAAUUGUAAAACUCACACCUGGAUCCAUAGACGGACCGGGACGUCUGCUCGUUUCGAUGGUUCCCUCCCCCUGCUCCCCGAAACGUCUCGUGGAACUCUCAACAGUAGUAGCUAAGACUAAAAGAGGGGGGAAAAACCCACAAAAACACCUAACAGAGAGACAAACAAAGAGGGAAUUCUGAAGGUCUUUGAGGUCAAACUCGACCGCAGUAGCGUGGACCCAGCGGACCCCGGUUGCGAUGGAGACCAAACUGAGGGAGGCCAACGUCAAAAUAAACUGGCAUCCACCACCCACUGCCCUGCCCUACGUAUAUGACUGCAAAACUUAAUACAAAAACGUCUGAUUUUUUUUUCCUUCUUUUUUGUGACAAUCUGCUUUUCUUAAAAAAAAAAAAACAAUCAAAUAACCAACACAGUAAAAAAAAAAAAGCUAACAAAUAAAGUACAAAUCAAAUGAGAAUAUAUAUUAAAUGCAGCAUUGUGCUAUAGUUGCCUUUUUGGGUCGCUCCCUCUGCCCGUAACUGUUUUCUCCGUACCUGCAUCCGAACAUCAGAAUCUGUGAAAGGGCUUUAAUUUGCAAAAAACAGAUUAUGAUAAUAAUACAAAAAAAUAUUUUGACUUUUAAAAAGAGUAUUUCUUGGUGUCCCAGGACUCUCAGGUUUCUGGGCUGUAGCUGUAUUUCAGACUACUUUUUUUUAAAUGGUUCUUUUCUAUUUGUUCAAAUUGUAUCUCCCCCUCUUUACGUCUGGGUCAUAUGUUCUUUCUUCUGAGUAGCUGAGGUGUUCCUCCACACAGAUAAAACACCUGUCUAUGUCAGGCUGAACUGGACCAAUCAGUGCGACAGUAAAUUAGACUCGAUAAUGACAGGAGUCUGUCAACAUUUCCUGGUCCCAUUGAGUGACACGCUCUACAGGCGUUAGAAUCGACAUCCUUAUAUUUUCCAACAUUUGUUAUGAACUUUAUAGCUAUCCAAAAAAAUUUUUGUACUGCUGUACUGUUAUUAAGGCCUUUAGAGUCGUGUGGCAGCAUUCAAGUCACAUGACAUUAGAUGUUAACCUGACACAAAGCAAAAAAAAAAAAAACUCCUCCACCAGCUGAAUUUGAAGGUGCUAUGAUUUGUGGAACAUGACUAGUCCACACGGUCACCUUUGGGUCCAUGUCCACCAUUCUAAACACAUAAUAUACAUCAUUUUGACACUAAAGAAUGUAUGACCCAGGCCUUAAUUUUACAUCCUAAAUACCCCGUAUCACGCCAUCCAUCACAGCUGGGUUCUUUUAUCGGAAAUAUAGCACUCUAUCUUUCCCAUGUAGGAAAAAAAAACAAAAACAAGGAUAUAUUCAGAGAUUGCAUAUUUUUGCCGGAUAAUUUACAAAGUUAUAACUAAUCGUGUAUAAUAAUAAUAAUAAUAACCAGUCGCUAAGCUCCUUUUCUCUUUUGUAAACUCUCUGGAUGCUCAAUGUUUUCUUGGCAGUGUCUUAGUCCCUCUGAUGUACCAGUAUGGCUGUAGCACCGGACAAUUGCAUGCAUAAACCAACCAAAAAAAAGUGAAAGUCAAGUUCAAGUUAAUUCUGUCACCGUUUUUAAUUUCACAAUUAACCACACGACACGUGAUCAGAAAAACUCUCUGCUUCUCUCUGCAUGGUCCACUAACAUAUCGUUGUUUUACCGUCUCUGGACAAAGAAGAUAUUCUUGAGUAAUAUUAUAUAACAAUAUAAUAUUCCCUGCAUUUUCUUCUCUUUUUUUUUUUGUGUGCGUUUAUUUGUUUUUGUACGGGGGCAAAGACUUAUAAAAAAAAAAGUAUAUAUUUUUGCUAUAAGGCUGCGUUUGUUUUUGUUGUUUUUUUUCUCGAUUUUAACGUAUAAGCUGUAUAGUUCCAGCUUUAAUAGAGAUGUACCUUUUUAAAAAUGACAAACUUAAACAUCUUCUUUCUUGCUAUGCUACCACUGCAGACUGUUUAGAACUGAGACGAACACUGCCUCCUGUGGUCGGAGACCAGACAUGUUAUAUUUUGGCAAUGUAUCAUGAGAUCCCACCUCAGACACAGAGGUUGUCUGCACUUGUACAGGCUUUAGUCCCGCCUCCCAGCCCCUGUCACAAUGUGUUUCUUACACUGCUGAGUUUGUAAUAAUCUGUACUGGGUACAAUAAACGCUCUUCUAUGCUCAA